CUACAUCCAUUGUCUACAGAUGCAGGCAGAAAGGGACCCAGAAACCUUACGCCGUCAAAAUGUUGAAGAAGACAGUAGACAAGAAAAUUAUUCGCACUGAAAUUGGAGUUCUCCUUCGCCUUUCGCAUCCCAACAUUAUAAAACUGAAGGAGAUAUUUGAGACCCCUACAGAAAUCAGUCUUGUUCUGGAACUGGUCACUGGUGGAGAACUAUUUGACAGGAUUGUGGAAAAGGGGUAUUACAGUGAACGAGAUGCUGCUGAUGCUGUCAAACAAAUCCUGGAGGCAGUUUCUUAUCUGCAUGCAAAUGGGAUUGUGCAUCGAGACUUGAAGCCAGAAAAUCUACUCUAUGCAACACCGGCACCAGAUGCACCAUUAAAAAUCGCUGACUUUGGACUUUCCAAGAUUGUGGAAGAUCAUGUGACCAUGAAGACAGUUUGUGGAACUCCAGGGUACUGUGCACCAGAGAUACUACGGGGAUGUGCCUAUGGCCCUGAAGUGGACAUGUGGUCCUUGGGGAUUAUCACCUACAUCCUACUUUGUGGCUUUGAACCAUUUUACGAUGAAAGGGGAGAUCAGUAUAUGUUUAAGAGGAUCCUGAGCUGUGAAUAUGACUUUGUGUCCCCCUGGUGGGAUGAUGUGUCUCUGAAUGCCAAGGAUUUAGUUAAAAAGUUGAUUGUUUUAGACCCCAAGAAACGCCUCACCACUCUACAGGCUUUGCAGCACCCAUGGGUCACAGGGAAGGCAAUAAACUUUGCACAUAUGGACAACGCACAAAAGAAACUUCAAGAAUUCAAUGCCCGGCGUAAACUUAAGGCCGCCGUGAAAGCCGUGGUGGCCUCCACGCGCCUCGGCAGCGCCAGCACCCACAGCACCCACGACGGCCACAAGCCCGGCCACAGCACCCACGACACCCAGCCCGAGGAGAAACCUACUCAGGAAGCAGCAGCAGCAGCAGCAGCGGUUCCAGAAGAAAUGCCUUAGGUGGAUGUUGCUGAUGCCGGCAGAGAUGUGUCAUUUCAUACACCAGCUACCUUGUCACCCAGCGAGACAGUAAGCUUGGCCUCUCUGGUUCUGCUUCGGGGCGCCACAGGCCCUGCCUGGUGAUCCUACCUUCAGUGCAUGUGACUGCUUAUGGAAGUAGUAAACUGUACCGCUAGGCAUGUCAUGGAAACAGUGUCAUUUGCAGUAAUACCGGCAGGUGAAAACAUGGGGAUUACUAACUACCUACCAUAAUAUGUAUUCUUCAUCUAUCUAGUGUUCUUAGGUGGCAUUUGAAACAAAAUGCUGUUUUGUUUGGUUUUAUGGAAGUAGGUGUCUUAUCUAUGUUGAGUUUCUUUGAACUGUUUCCUUCCAGAUUCAUAGUCCUUCAGCAAACAAAACGGAAGGAAAUAUCAAACCAAUGCUUUUAAAACUUAUGCAUGAAAUAAUUUAUUUUAUCUGUAAUACUGAAAAGUUAUUUGGGGAUUUACAUGCAAAAAAAAAAAACAAAAAAAAAAACCAACAAAAAAACAUUCCAGUACUUCUGAGAAGAAAUUGAAAUGGUAGUUCCACUGGGCAUGAAAACAUAUAUUGUGCAAGCUUGCAUUGAGAAUGCCUUAUUCUGACUUUUCCUGUUUAUAUACAGUAUUUUAAUAACAACCAAAAUUUCUCAGAUUUCUGCCAUUCCAUUCCACAGUAAAGUGUUAGCAAAACAAAACCAUAGACUUAACAAGGAUUAGAGUACAUGCAAAUUUUUGGCAUACCAUUAAAUUUAUUCAUUAAAAUUCUAAUCUGCAGCUAGAAGACAUUUUAUAGGCCCUAUGGGAAUAAUCUGCAUUUAAAUAAGUUGUAAGUGCUUGAAGGAAGCUAUGCCACAACUUUCUGAUUUUGCUUCGGGGAAACACUCUUAUGCAAGGUCUAGGAGCAAGCAGUAUAAUCUAGUUGGUUCCUGUGUAGUUUAACCUCAUGAGUGAGCAGUUUCCACUUGUAAUUAGCCCACCUUUUCCAAACAAAGGACCCCUCCUGUAAAGUGAUCUACCAGCACCAAUCUUGCAUCUGCCCAGAGGUAUUCUUGAGUUAGCAGCUGUGUGCAUCAAUCAGCUUGCAAAAGUAGGGUCAGGCUCUUCAGCUAUCUUGAUGUUUUUGUUGAAUGUGAUUGAUAGGAACUGAAAAACUAAUGUGCAUCAGUGUGUAUGACCACUUACACUUGUUUGUUAUCUAUUUGAAAGCAUGUGACUAUUGUACUGAUAUAUUACAAAAAUGUCAAAAAGAACCUGAUGUACAAAAAUGUUACUUGUGCUUGUUAAACUUUUUAAUACUGAUAGUUACCUAUCAUCCUAAUACAAUCAUCAUUCCUCUUUUGCUUUAAUGUUUUCAUGUUGUUGUUAGGCCUUGCACAACUUGCCUUGAAAAAGUAUAGCAGCUACUGAAAAACCAAGACUUUAAUAAAACAUUCAAUAACUACAUUUCCUGAUGAAAUUAAAGGUUAAUACAAUGUUAUUCGUAUGAUAGAUUUAAUAAAUAAAAUGUGUUCUAAAUUAAUAUAUAAAGGAGGAUUAAAGAUCCUGUCUUUACUGUGUGAAAAUGCAUCUAUUAUACUUCAGAUUUUUUUAUCCAGUUCUUAGAAUUCUGUACAAAAAGUUUUGCUGACUAAGAAGUUGAAAUUUAAAGGACAAGCAUCCGUUCAGUUUUCAAGGGACACACUUUCAGGUCAGGUCAUCUGGUGGGGCCAUAGCAGCUGUAUGCAAGCCAACAUGACACUUUUACAGAUUUUUCCCUUGGAAACAAGUACAGCAAGAUUAAUAACUUUAGAGAAGAUCAUAGGUACAUCUACCUAUCUCACUUUCUAUUCGCUGUCUUACCUCCUUUGAGGUCACUGGAGGAAAAAUGCAAUUUUCAGCUACUUCACUGCCAUAAUACUGUGGUGAAGUCACCCAAGUUCAGUCAGUAGGGAAGUUUGACGGGAGAGGCUGGAUUUCUGUAUCAUUUUGUCUUUCAUUUGGGAUCAUUGCUUCAAACCUGCAGCAGUGGAGUUGGCUGUGCAGUAACUGCACUUCUGUAAGAGUUUAAGCAUAAAUUCCUUCAUCUGAGGCAUGGUUUGUUGAGCUGAAAAGUGGUCCUAGCUGAUUCCCAAUGGUGAUUUUUGCUACAAUAUACCACGGCAUACCAUAACUAUGAACUGAUUCCAUCCAACAGGAGAUCUCUCUGUCACAGCAUGAUCUUCAGAGGCAGCUCAGUUUUAUGCAUAAAGGCUCUGGGGCUUCAGUUCUUUUUUUGCUUUGUUUUCUUUUAUCAUACUCAACAUUAAACAAUCAGGAUGGCCGUGCUGAGUCUGUGAUUACCAGUAUGUGACUCAGUAAAGCACUGUGCCUGGAUGAUAUAUUUGAUUUGUGACAGCACUUGGGUGUAUGCAUGCACUGGAAGACAAGAGUGUUACGUGCACUGGCUUCAUCUGAAAAAUCACAUCCUAGUGGCAUCUGCUGUAGUGCAGACAGGGAUGUGCAACAUCAGUGUCUUACUGUGGCUGAAAAAUGUGAACACACUUGAAAACUACUGGAGAUGGAGCAGAUGUUUCCAAAUAUGUGGUUAUGCUAAGUAGAAAGUUACUUGCACUCCUUUCUGUUGAAAUCCUAAGCUUUAAUUUUUUAGAAUAUUUAACAUAUUAACAAAGUUCUUCAAGUACAAAAGGGGAAACCUUCCAAUCUUUCUGAAGUAUUUGAGCUUAGCAAAACUUUUCCUUUAAAAGCAGAUUGCAGCACUAGCCUAUUUUAGAGCAAAGAUGAUGAUCAGAUGCCUGUUAAAUGUCUAAGGAAGUCCUGCCUUUGCAUCACAGCAGGGGUUUUGUCAGGUUCAGAAAGAUUCCCUCCAAAAUAGAACAGAUUUCCUGUGGUUUCAAACACUUUUGCUUGCAAUUCUGUGGAUGACACAGUAAAUUGCACUGUGUGAGCCUGGUACUGGUUUGUUGGCUGAAGUUUGUACUUUACAGUGUGCAAACAUACUGUAAAAGAGGCGGACACACUGUAAUCAAACUUCUGAAUGCAGCAUACCAUCAAUGCAAAAGUUUUUGAUAUAACAGGUUCUUCAGAAGAAGUGUACGUAGGACUCUGUCCCCACAAAUGAGCAGGCCAUUGGACACAUGGAAUGACAAAAACUGCCCAGCAGUCCCUUUGUCUUGGUGAACAGAGCAAAGUUCUCUGAAAAGCUGUGUGGUAGCAUAGUGGGAUAAAAGCAUUAACCAAAAGGUUUUUUGGAGUGGCUCAGACCAGCAGGGAGGCCCAGGCUGCAGGAGGCUGUGGCUCACUGGCAGCUAGGCCUCUACACCUUCCAAAUGAAUCACCUUCUCCUGCAACUCACACUGCAAAUGGAACACAGACACAGCCAGCAGCCAUGGGAGAAGUGAAGACAACACCAUAUUUUCUGCUGCCCAGCAGCAAGGAAAGGGAAAAUUAAUACUGGGAGUUGUUAGUGUCCAACUCAGCAGAAGGAAAGCAAUAUCUGACAAGCAGCAAAUGCAGCAGGACUCUGGAAAAUAAACCCUUGUUUCUAGAUAAAUGUCCCUCAGCUCCUGCACACAUGCUGGGUCAUCUCUGGGGUUUUAAGAGCAGCAUAUAAAAGUGUGGGAUAGAGGAAUCCCGGCAGAUCUUUGUACAAUGUCCUGCACAUUGCCUGCUUACAGAAUAACAGACACAAGCAUCAGCACAGUGCCUUGUGCAGAGGCUAUUUCUCCUGGAGAAGAACUCAUUUCUGAGUGGCUGAGCAAACCAAUUUUUGUUGCUCAAAAAUUAUGAGAGCAUAGCUAAUGGAGGCAUGGCAUCCAUGUAACAAAAAAUAUCAGAGGCUGACCAAGAAAGAUGCACAGUUAGACCUAGAGACCAGUGGCAGGAUACACACAAGUCCUGAAGGUAACAAGGGUGGCAAAGAGACAGGCAGAACAUCUGUAAAGUUACUUUAGAAAACAUUAACAGCUCAGAGAAUAUCCUUUAUUCCCUAUCAGAGUUAGUUCAGUUAGAACAUAGAGUUGAUUCUUCUUUUGGAUAAAGAAAUUUAUAUAAAAUUCUCUGAUAAGCCCCUGCACAAUACCAUGUUUUGCUGAACAAAAACCAUCCACUGCAUUGCAGAAUAAGAAGAAAAUAAGGAAGGAAAAGGGACAAAAAUAGGAGUGAAAUAUUUGCCUGGUCUAGACACAGAGUUCUAAAGCAAGUCUUGUAGAGGGUUACAAAGAUGAUGACAGGACAGGAACAGAUCUCUUACGAGGAAAGGCUGAGGAAACAUGGCCCAUUCAGUCUUAAAGAAAGGAUGACUGAGAGGGAACCUCGUUAAUAUAUGGGAAUACCUGAAAGAAGGGUGCCAAGAGGAUGGACCAGGCUCUGCUCCAUGGUGCUGAGCAACAGGACGAGAGGCAAUAGGCAGAAACUGAUGUUCAGGCUGUUCCUCCUAAACAUGAGGAAGUACUUCUUUGCUGUGCAGGUGUCCACAGAUGGGGACAGAUUGCCCAGAGAGGCUGUGGAGUCUCCCCCACUGCAGAUAUUCCAGAACCUGGACGCAAUCCUGAGUGAUGUGCUUUAGGAAAUCUGGCUUGAGCAGAGAGGUGGGACCAGAUAACAGUGCCAAUGGUCAUUUUCAGCCUUACCCAUUCUGUGAUUUCAUGAAUUUAUGAUCUUAGUUCCAGAAGAUAUAUAAAUUACUAUUGGCAAGACUGUAGAUUCUUUAUAUCUGGGAGGUAAAAUUUCUGGCCAGAGUAAUCCAGAAGAUUCCAGGAGAGGCACUGAAGAGCAUCCCUUGGAGUGUGAAUCCUCAAACUAAUAUAAGGAUAGGACAAUAUACAUGCAUAUAACUAAAAAUUCAGCAAGUACUUACAUCCUCUUCUACCUCUUCAGAAUGGAAAAGAGAACAUGAAUGCAGUAAUGAACUUAGUUAUAAUGGGAAGGCAUUCAAAUAUUGUAGGAAUAGGCAUAGUACAGAAACAAGAAUACAAUGGAAUACAUAAAGUGGCCCAAUUCUGAAUUUAGCAGUGAAAUUACAGACUAAAAUCUGAAUAUGUAUAUGAACACAUAAAUAUAUAAAUUUGUCAAAUAAGAAGCAGAGGCUGAUGAACAAUCUCUGAGAGCCAAGUCUGUAUUAGAAGCUGGAGCAACCUUUUAAGCCAUCUUUUGUCCCUUUCCAGCAUUACUCAGCUGGACCUGAAACCAUAAUGAUUAACAGUUUGGUAUACAUACAUCAUUGCUGGAUGAAAUUCAGUAAUGCAUAUCAAGGUAUGAAAUAUAACAAAUACAGUGGUACAGAAUUUUUCCCAGCUCUGGCUCCUUUCAAGGCACAGCUGGGAAGAAGAUUAUUUCAGUGCCUUCCUUUCAUGUGCUCAGAACAGGGGUCGAAGAGGAAUGGCAGCAUAAGCACAGCAUUUCACAAAGAGUUGGAGCUGCCCCAAACUGUACAGAGGACUUGCCCAGUGAUGCUCCAUCCACAGCAUGUGUGACUGAGAACAGUCUGGCCCUUUAUUUGUACAUCAGGGAGAUGUUUAUUGGCCAAGGUAUAUUAAACAGCACACGUUUGCCCCUAUGAAGUAGAACAGAGUUCCUCCUAUAGGAAGAUACAUAAAGAGCAAAGUUUAAAAGAAAGUUUUUUUGUUUUAUUUUUAAAUUUGAAAAAUGACUCUGACUUCAAGAAAAAGUGUUAACAUUAAUGGCUAAAUGGCUUAUUGUUAUUUUUCCCCUCUGUGCUUAAUCUUUUUUUCUUUUUCCUGGCCCAGGGGCACCCAGGAACAGCUGUCAGCUGUCAGUCAGUGGGUAAAGAGCCAUCUGACACCUGGCAGGUUUCAGCUUUUCUGCCCUGACAAAUCUCCUGUUGCCCUUGGUUCCAUCAGAUGGUUUCACUACUGCACUUGUUCUCCCAGAAGUCUGGGUUUCAUCUGUCAAGUAUACAUGUAUUUCUCUGUGAGCCACACCCUGGUGUGAUUUGUCACUGCCAUUUAAUACCCAGGGAGAGGCAUUUCUGCUUUCCCUCUCUAUUUCCCAGACUCAUGCUGUUUCCUGGCAUCUUCAGAUUCUGUUCUUAAAGGCCUAUACCUGUCUGACAGAAAUAGCUCAGUGGUGUGCAACAAAUGCCAAACAGACACAGAAAAUAAUUUAGCUUCUUCAGUUAAUUUCCCAAUAUAAAACGAAGGCACCUGGGCUGCUGUUGGUGCAGGAUGAGGAGUUCAGUGCAAAGAGAACAGGACCAUGCCAGAUUCUGCUUCUCAGCUCCAGGAAGCACUUUUGUCAAUAGCACAUUUUUCCUUCUGUGGGUGACAGUGUUUAGGUCAAUCCAAAGAGACAAGACGUCAGACUUAGGAACUCUGAAAAAUACCAUGUAUGCUAUGACCAGUGACCUUCUUAAUAUUGUUUACAUAAUAUGAGUUGAUAUACUUAGAAUCAUAUUUUAUGCAGCAUUGCCAUUUACAGUGCUGGCACAAGAAGCUGCAAAGUCAGUUUGGAACAUUUGGUCCCAUUUGUUGCCUGGAACUGUAAAUAAUGAUCUGCUUUGCAAUACAAAACUAUGGAGCCAAUAAUUGUAUCUGUGUGAGAACACACAUCGGCAUUUCCUGUCCAUCGACAGGAAAAAGGACUAAUUCUUUGUAAACCCUGUGUCAGGUGGAUAUGGGAUAGCUCUUCUAAUUGAAAUUAUUAUGUCGAAUGACUUGAAGCAGCUAUUCUGGUCACUUGAAAGCUGAGGACAAACCAUUUGGUUUGAUUUCCAGCUGCAAAUGGCAUGUGAUCUGUCCCAGAGACAGUAUGUUCUAGGAGCCACUGAAUCAUAUUUAGUCAUCCAGAACUGUGCACAGGGGUCUGCACUGUCAUACCAGCCCUCAGAUCCCAAAGCAUGAUGUUGUUACUUACAAAUGUGAAAUUUGCAUGAAUGAGCACUACACAAAUCCCCAAAUAACACAGUACAAUAACUGCCCACAACAAACACACCAGAGAACUCUGCUACAUAACACACCAAAAAGAGCUCCUUUUUAGCUUUCUGUCAACACAGGAUAAAGUGAAGAGUGUAUAUAAAUGUACAUUUCAAGGUUUUAAGUUUGCUGAUUUCUGUUAUUUUCCUGACAUCUGGACAGCCAUUAUUUAUGAAGUAGUGCAAAAAUAUCUAUCCAGUGACAGCCUCCUCCAGAUGGAAAAACAUCACCACUGACCCUACUCUUCACUUGUAAGACAUCAAAGUUGUAUUGUUUGUACUAUUAAUAUGUCCCCCAGUUGUCUCUCCCUCACCUCACCUCCCUACCUCCUUGCUAUGGGGUCUGAGGUAGUGUUUUAUGGAAAACUGAAAUUUAUCAAGAAACAUUUCAUGGAACUAAGCAAGUGGACUGUAUGUGUAUUUAGACAAAGAUAUCUCUGAAAUAUCUCUGAACCCUGCUGCAGCUGUGUCCUACCUGAGAAGUAUUUUCCUUGGGAAUGACAAGAGCAUCCAAGGCUGGUGCCAUCAUCAAUGUACUACCUUCAGUGUAGUGAUAGGUGCUUGUUUGCUCUGCUCAAAUCAUUACCAUCUUGGCUGCAGGGAGACAAUAAUUAAAAACUAAGAAUUUUUUACUGAAAGUAAUUAGAAACAAGGACAUUUACAACUACUAACUCUGAAAACUAACCCAAACUGUUCCUUUGUGCAAGAACCACUUCCUUGCUCACACCACAUCCUCCUAAGAUGUCAUUCUAAUGCUUCUGACUAAAUAGCAUGUUCUGUAAGAGGACAUUUUGGGCUCUGGUUGUUUUUUUGGGGUUUUUUGGCUUUAUUUUUUGGAAUACACGGUGUUGACAGGCCUAUGCUCAUGAGAAAAUUACCUCUGAAAUGGUUAGUUGCUCAGGGAGAAGGAAAGAUGGCAGAGUUGGAGGGUGAACCCUAGUCACAGAACCACAGAACCAUUCAGGUUGGGAAAGACCUUUGGAAUAUUGCUUAGGAAAGAUCAUGCAGUCUGUUAAUCCAGCACUGCCAAGUCCACCAUGAACAGGAUGUUCCUGCAAAAAUCAGCAGUGGUGACUUGUCCAGCUUGUCAGGGAGGAGGAGGAGGGAAGAGUCGCUGAGGCUGUCUGGCCUGGGGGAAGGAAUUUGUUAGUCCCCAGGAGCUAUACCACCACACCCUCACAAGACCAGAGGGUACCAUGCAGAGGCUGCCUGGCUGCUCCACAUUCACAGCAAGGUGGUCAUCAGCUUAAACUGGUUUUAACCUGAAAAAAUGUGAUACAUGAAGGCUGCGUGUCUGGCUUGGCUUUGGUUUGGAGGCUCCUGGUUGGAUGUGGACCAUAAAGAGGGAAUUUUGUGCUUUUGUUAAUUCAAUAACACAGUAUGCUGUAUGGCUAGGGUAUGUGCUGAUAUUUCCAAGACAAACAGAAAAAUGGUGCCUUUGACUAGUAACACAAAGUAUUUUAUAAGCCUGUUACAUAAGCUUGUUGAUCUCAGAGCACUGGAGGCUGGACUCUUACUAAUAAAAAUUAAGAAUGUUGUAAAUAUAUAUAGCAGAAUCUCAAAUUAGCUACAUGUCCUGUGUUCUUGACUCCUUAUUUUACUGCUUAAUGUGUAAGAAAUCCUGUACUGUCAACACUGUUUUCUUCUACUAGCAAAGAUGUAAGCAACUAAAUAGCAGUUUAUAGACUGUUUAACUGUACCCCUUUGCUUCUGAUUAAGCCUGUUUGUGACAUAACUUUCCUGAUACUGUACAAGUGAACCAGAGAGAAAUUUUAACCAGAAAAAAAUGACCAUUUUGUUAUUUCCAUGUGUUGUAUGUGAGACCAGUGUACCUCCUUGUGUGUUUGCAUGGCAAUGCUGACAAGCCAUGAGAAAAUGCUUUGAUGCUGGGAUGUCUAUUUUUAGUAAGUGGCUUGCAUGACUGAUCUGAUGCUAAAUAAACUAGUAAAUCUAGAAAAGGUUA